GGGUGGAGUGUGUGACGCUCAACGCAGUCAGAAAGGGAGGAGGAAAUAGAAAGAAAGGGAAGAACUUUUUCCGACUAUUUUUUUCUUCUUCUUCCAGAAAUUUAAUACAAAACGUGUUAACUUAGACGCUUCAGGUAGCGAAUGAAUUCAGCGAUAAACAUUAGACAACAAUGAAGAAGGAUAAAUGAGCAUUUACUGAGAUCCCUCAGAUGCCACUGAGCAACAGAUGCCAGCAUGAAAAAUGAACACAGAGUGAAGCCUGUGGCCUUUUGACAGAACAGAGAUAUCCCCCUUCAGCAUGACUUCUGAACUGGACUCUAGCUUGACCAGCAUUGACUGGCUUCCUCAGCUUGGAAUCAGCACUUUGCGAUCAGGCAAAGAAAGAGUGGAGCGAAAGAAAGAACGAGGAAGAGAGAAGGACAUCCCUCCCAUACCUACACCGUCCCCUGGAACUAAUUCCAAAGUGAAACCCCCUCACAGCUACGCCACUCUGAUAGCCAUGGCGAUAAGUUCUGCUCCGGAAAUGAAGCUGAGUUUGAAUGAUAUUUACACCUGGAUCAGCGACACAUUUCCUUAUUACAGCAGAGCAGGAAGAGGAUGGAAGAACUCAAUUCGACACAAUUUGUCCCUCAAUAAAUGUUUCCGGAAGGUUCCUCGACCACAGAGCGAUCCUGGGAAGGGGUCAUACUGGACGAUGGAUGUACCUGACUCAACUCAACCCAGAGGAGUCAAACGUCCUUAUCCUAAAGAGGAGGAUGCUGCAUCCUCCGAGGCCCAAGUGCCUGUCAGUCAAGCAGAGCUCCUCCCACCUCAGCCAGACACCAAAAGCACGUUCUCUCCCCCUCCUUGCAAGCAGCGUCCAAGCAUCCCAACAGCUACCUCUCUUCCUUCAAACCCUCAUGCUGAUCCAACUCUCAGAUUCUCCUUUGCUGAUUUGAACCUACCGGAUCUGUACAAUUCCUUCCAGUCUCUCUGUCGCUCUGUGAAAGAUAGAGUCACCUCACAAUUGGAUGUUCCCAAUUUACUUGGACUUCCCCAUGACAGUACACCGCUCCAUACACCAACCCUGCCUCCUCUCUCCCCCUGCCCCUGUCCCUUUCCAAACCCUAGUAUUAACCAAUUUACCAACCCUAACCCUGCCCUUAACCUAAACCUGAAUAGCAACGGCAACUUCAACCCAAAUACACCCAAUACUAACUCUGGUUUUAUCCACAACCUACACCCAAACCAGAACUCUAACAUUCAUCCAAUCUCCAACACUGAGCCUGACAAGCUGCUACACAGUAACGUUGUUCCUGCAGAUUGGUUCAGUAAUGCUGACUCUUUGAGAGAGAGUUUCAGAAUUGCUAGCAGUCUGGACUGGGCUAACAUUGAUCUCACCAGUCACCCUGACCUGGUAGAGAGCAUGCGUCAGGCCGAGCUCUGUGACUGGGCGUUAGAUUCGACGCUCUUCACCUCGCUAUGUGAUUCACUCAACCGAUUCUUCACUCAGAAGGGUCUCAUUAGCUCAUCUUCUGGUGGUCCCUCGUCUUUUGGACAAAUGGCCCCACCUCCUAUCAAUAUACCGCCCACUAACCUUCCCAGCCUGGCUAGUUUAACUCAACCUUCUCCACUCAUCUACUCCUCCCAACUCCCUCCAGGUACUGGUGAACUUCCCAUCCAAAGUCCCAGGAGAACCCUGAUCCCUCACACCCAGAACCAGACAGCACAGAGAUCCCAGGGGCUGCAGCCCACCAUGAGCCAGCCACUGACUCCUAAUGCACUUCAAACUCAACCACUUACCCCAACAGGACGUCCACACUUCAAGAAAGUCAACAGUGAGGAAAUCCAGGAUGAUUUUGAUUGGGAUUCAUUGAUUGAAUAAUUUUGUUUGCAGAUAUACAUAUAAAUACAGAGUAAAGAAGCCAUGAGCCAGUUACUGAGGCAAGAGUAUCUGUCAAAAAGGAGGUGAGGCUAGCCCAUUCAUCCUGUUUCACUUGAAUGUGGAACAAAAGCAGCACAAUUGUAAUAAUGUUCAUCAUUCAGCUGUUUGUUUCCUUCCAGUUCAGUUCUGCCUUAUGAUAGAUAUGGCACAAUGGUGCUGCUAAAGUCAACUGCAUGUUGAAGUUCUAGAGACAAAUGAUGAUAACCCGUACCAAAUUUGUCAGGUCAACAAAGACUUACAAUUCAAAAUAUUUAGCAGUUUUUUUCUCCUGAACUUCUCCACACCUUUAAUGUUGGGUAGUUUCAAUCCAUGCCAGGCUGCUUUUUACGUCAGUGUAUUACAAUGUAAAUACCAUUAGCAUUUCCAAGCUUUAGCCAGUUGACAGUGGCUGUUUUUGCUGAAUGUUGAUACAGGCUUUCCUGACACUUUAGUCAGUUCAAUAGUUAUUGAAAGUCAAAGAAAUAUCUUAAAUUGCACUUUUUCAACAAAUUGCAUGUACACUAACAAUUUGUGAUUGAAAAAAAUGCAGUUUAUCAGUACAUAUGGGUGUAUUUUGACUGAAAUCAAUUAUGACAUUUAUUGCUUAAUAUUAUUACACUUUGUCACAUGGCAAAUCCCCUUAGGGAGCUAAUGUCUGUCUUCAGUUACACAAAAAAUAAAAUAAAAUGAAAUGUC